AUGGUCGCUUGUGAGUCGCGUCCCUCUUUGACGGUGGCGACCACGGCUGUAAUAACAACAACACGGAACACUUAUUUUCUUAUUCAUUUAAGAAAAAUUAAAUAUUAUGCACAGGCCAGUUGCAGAAAGAUCCUUAGUUUUCCUUUUCUAUCUAUCUAUCUAUCUAUCUAUCUAUCUAUCUAUCUAUCUAUCUAUCUAGAUCAGUGGUUCUCAAAUGAUAUUACAAUCUAUCUAUCUAUCUAUCUAUCUAUCUAUCUAUCUAUCUAUCUAUCUAUAAUUUUACACUUUAUCUAUAUAUCUAUUACACUUUAUCUAUCUAUCUAUCUAUCUAUCUAUCUAUCUAUCUAUCUAUCUAUCUAUCUAUCUAUCUAUAAUUUUACACUUUAUCUAUAUAUCUAUCUAUCUAUAAUUUUACACUUUAUCUAUAUAUCUAUUACACUUUAUCUAUCUAUCUAUCUAUCUAUCUAUCUAUCUAUCUAUCUAUCUAUCUAUCUAUCUAUCUAUCUCUAUCUAUCUCUCUCUCUCUUUCUAUAUAUAUAUAUAUAUAUAUAUAUAUAUAUAUAUAUAUAUAUCCAGACAUUACAUAUCUAUCUAUCUAUCUACAUAAUGUAA